AUGGUGCUAAAUGAUUAUCCGGAUUCAGAAGUAAUUGGUUGUGGAUUCAGUGCUUUUAAGGAAAUUGACGAAGUGACUUCUUUGAUUACGGAACUGAAAAAAACUGAUCUCUCAGCCAGUUUUAUUGAGAAAAAUAGAGAUCGGUUUAAUUUUAUUUUAUCACAAUAUCAGGAUCAAAGACAAUUAUUAGAUCCCUACUUGGAUGACAUUCUGCAGCCAUUAAUUGAAAUUGUUAAAAAUGAAAAUUCAACAGAAAAUAUGCGACACAAUGCAUUUAAAUACAUUUUCAUUGUUAUGUCUGUCAAAACGUAUAAAAAAAUUGUUACUUAUCUUCCACACGAGGUAGCAGAUCUUCUUCCUGUUCUACGAAUGUUAGAGAAGCAAGAUCCAAAUGAUGUGGAAACAUGGGAGACUCGAUAUGUACUUUUAAUUUGGCUUUCCAUAAUAUCAAAGAUACCAUUUCCACUUUCACGUCUAGAGACCUCUGAUGUGGACUUUGAACAAUCUAUAAUAGCUAGAAUUCUGAAAAUAUGCAAAUUAUUUUGCUUGUCAAAGGAUGCCUGUGCUGUAGCAGCAGUUUUUCUAAUUGCCAAUUUCUUGACAAGGUCCGACGUUAAACAACUGUACUUAAAAGAAAUGAUUAUGUGGUGUUUAGAAUGUGUGGAAAAGGACCCUUUCAGACAUGGCCCUUUAGCUGUUAUAGCAUCAAUAUUGAAACACAGUGUAAGAGAAGAUGUUAAGCCAUACACUCAAAUAUGUUUAGACAAAGUUUUACAGUUUCAUCUAAAUGAUAAUCCUGCGGAUCUUAUUAGGAAAUUUGGAAUAAAAAUUGUACAAAGAAUUGGAUUAGUAUUGUUGGGAACAAAACUUGCAUCUUGGAGAUAUCAGCGAACUAGUAGACCCAUAUGUCUACAACUUAAUGCUAAGAAUUUUAAUAACUCAGAAAAUUUCGAGGACACAAAAGAAGUUUCAGUUAUUCACGAGGAUCAGGAUAUUCCGUCGGCAAUAGAGGAUAUUAUUGAGCAUCUUAUACAAGGUCUUCGAGAUAAAGCAAUUACAAUACGGUGGUCUGCUGCAAAAGGAAUUGGCAGGAUUACAGCAAGACUACCAAUGGAUUUAGCAGAUGAUGUUGUAGGAUUUGUGCUGAACUUGUUUUGCGGCCGGGAAUCCGAUUCCGCUUGGCACGGUGGCUGUUUGGCAUUAGCGGAAUUAGGAAGGCGUGGACUUUUGUUACCACAUCGUUUAAAAGAUGUAAUACCGGUAGUUCUUCAAGCUUUAGUUUUCGAUGAACCAAGAGCAUAUGGGUCAAUUGGAUAUCUAAUCAGAGAUGCUGCAUGUUAUAUUUGUUGGUCAUUUCCCAGGGCGUAUGAUCCAGAUAUUUUUCAACCAUAUGUUAAAGAAAUUGCAGCUAUGUUACUGGUUGUUACUUGCUUUGAUAGAGAAAUUAAUUGUAGAAGAGCCGCUUCUGCGGCGUUUCAAGAAAAUGUGGGCAGACAAGGGAAUUUUCCACAUGGAAUAGAAAUACUGACUACUGCUGAUUAUUUUGAAGUUGGUGUUAGAAAUCAUGCAUACUUAAAAAUUAGUACACAAAUCGCACAAUAUGAAGAGUAUAUGAAACCUCUUAUCGACCAUUUGGUUGCAAGAAAAGUUACUCACUGGGAUACAGCAAUUAGAGAACUUUCAGCCAAAGCACUUUUUAAUCUAACACCCGCUGAUCCAAGUUACAUUACGGAGACAGUUUUACCAAAAUUACUGGAUAUGUUAAAUUCGAUAGACUUAAAUAUAAGACAUGGUGCGGUCUUGGCCAUUGCAGAAAUUCUAGAAGCAUUGCACAACUGUUACAGUGAAAAAGUUGAAAAUAUCAUUGAAGCAACGGCUAUGGAAAAUAUAAAGAACAUAGUAAGCACCUUUCGGAAAAGAGGACAGUUCAAAGGUUUGGGAGGUGAAUUAAUGAAGCAAGCUUGUGCAGUGCUCGUAAAAAAGUGCUCUAUCGUGCAUUUUCCAAUAUCCAUGGAAAUUAUUUAUGAUUGGCAGAAUCUUUUAGAAGAAUGUUUAGGUCAUGAAGUAUCUGCAGUUAGAACAAAAGCUGCAGAAGCACAUACAGAAUUCUUUUUUAAAUACUAUACUUAUAUACCGGAAAAAGAACGUAAUAUUGUUAUUAAUCGUUAUCUUGGUAAUUUGCAGUCAAGUAAUCAACUUGUUAGAAUUGGUUUCGCACAAGCAAUAGGAUAUUUUCCUUUAUUUAUAAUUUGUGAACGAGUAAAAGAUGUGAUAAAAUCCCUAAUUAAAUGUACUGAGUUAUCAGAACACACACUAAAGUGGGCAGAAAGUAGAAAAGAAGCCAUCCACGCAUUAAUAAUGGUGUGUCAAACAUUGGGUGUAAAAGAAGCAGAUAAAUGGGACAUAUUUGUGUAUGAUUUAUAUAAUUGUUAUUUACUGGCAUUGAAAGAAUAUACUAUAGAUAGUCGUGGAGAUAUAGGAGCAUGGGUACGAGAAGCUGCAAUGUUGGGUUUACAUAUGUUAACAAACUUAGUAUUUCAAGCAAAAUUGGUUUUUGUAUUGAAUGAAGAACUAAUGGCGAAAGUUAUUGGAGGAAUAGCACAACAAGCUGUAGAAAGAAUUGAUGGAAUUCGAGCACAAGCAGGAACCGUUUUUAGUGCGCUUAUUCAUAAUGAUCCUUCUUUACCAAACAUUCCAUAUCAUGUAGAACUGAAAAGCAUUUUUCCUUACGACGAAUGUAAAGAAAGUAUAGAAUGGAGAAUGGAAUCCGUUACUUUCCCACGAUUCAUUAAAAUGUUAUCUUAUCCUCCAUAUACUAUGAAUCUUCUACAAGGAAUUAUAUUUAGUGUUGGUGGCCUAAGUGAAUCUUUGGUUAAACAUUCUAGCGUUUCUUUAUUUUCUUAUUUACAAGAAAUAGAUGAAUUAGGUCUUAAAAGUUUAUGUUAUAAAAUAUUAACGAUUUUUGAAGAAAGUCACAAAAAUGAAAGAAUGAUUACCUCAAUUUUGGCUUUUCUGGAUCGUUUACUUAGUUCUGGUUGCAUUCAAAUUGUUCUUGACGAUUUCGAAAAUGGUAUUUCAGAACAGAUUUUAGUGUUACUUAAGCAGGAAAUCAAGAAUUGUAGUAACACCAAAUUGUUAAUUAGCAGCAUAAAUGUUUUUUGUCAGCUUUUGCAGUUGCGUGGACCAGUUGCGAAAAGAGCAUUCUGUCAGUUAAGUAUCUUUCUUUGUCAUAAGUACAAAUGUAUACGAAAAGUAGCAGCAACAAAAACGUACGAAGCUUUAACUCUAUAUGGAGAAGAAAUGGAUAUUCCUGAACAAAAUUUGAUGAAAAUUUUGACUCAAUUAAAUGUCACCGAUUGGGAAAGAUCAGUGCCUGAGAUACGACCUAUCAGAAAUCACCUUUGUGAAUUGAUGGAAGUACCCACUCCCAUUUUGCAAAAUAAGAUAAAUUAUGUAACAAAUCGGCUAAGCUCUUUGGAUCUUUGA